AUGGAAAAAUCUAAGCGACUCUUUAUUAAAUCCAAGCGAUCUUUUCGUAGACGUUUGCCCCCGAUUCAAUCGGGGGACCGAAUUGAUUAUAAAAACAUGGGUUUAAUUUGUCGAUUUAUUAGUGAACAAGGAAAAAUAUUAUCUAGACGUGUAAAUAGAUUGACCUUAAAACAACAACGAUUAAUUACAAUUGCUAUAAAACAAGCUCGUAUUUUAUCUUCGUUACCUUUUCUUACUAACGAAAAACAAUUUGAAAAAAGCGAGUCGACUGCUAAAAUUAAUACUUUAAGAAAAAAAAAUAGAAAUUAA